UGUGAUCGUAUCUAAAUCAUAGAACUGAUAAAAACAAAUCAAGAACGCAGAGUCAACAACGACGUGGUGGGUCGUUGUGUAUAAUUUUAUUUUUCUGUAUAGACCAUGGAUUGAAGAUCGACCAGGAGUUUAGUGUCGUCUAAACAAGAACAUCAUAAGCGAACACCUCUAUCCCGAAGACAACAAGAGACUGCGGCAAUGUCCGAGAUUCAAAAUGACAGUCAAGAGGCGGAAAAAGUGUCGCCUAAGGUCUCGGAAGCGGACAAGGAGUUUCUGAUGGAAUACAUCAGGGAGGCGGAACAGCGCUUCUCCACAAAGGAAAAGAUUCGAUUGGCGAACCUAAAUUUGUCCCGUCCACCUGAUUCGCACUUCAGCAAACUGGAUUCCAGUUUGAAAAAAAAUACCACAUUUGUCAAAAAGCUCAAGAACUUUUGUACAGCUCAGUUAGACACCGUCCUUAAAGAUAUGAGCAAUUUGAAUCUAACAAAGUAUAUAAGCGAAGUGGCGACGGCUCUUGUAGAGGCAAAAUUGAAAAUGACUGAUGUCGCACCAGCUGUGAAGGUUUGCAGUUACCUGCACCAGAAUUAUGCUGAAUUUGGUGCUCACUUCUUUGAGAAUUGGCAGAGGAUACUGAGCUUCAAAGUUGGCGACAAGAUUCCAAAUCCUAGUAAGCUAAGAGUAGAUUUAAGAUUUUACGCUGAAUUAGUAAACGCCGGCAUAUUCACGCACAAGCAGGGUCUUCCGCUAUUGGGCAGUGUGCUCACCGUACUCAUUAAUAUGGACAAGGAAGACCACAACAAUGUCACGAUAAUUUUGAGUUUUUGUCGUCAUUGCGGUGAGGACUAUGCGGGUCUGGUACCAAGAAAAAUAAGAGAAUUAUCUGAGCUGUGGCCAGGUGAGCCCUUGCCAAAAAGCAAACUACUGUCCUCCGACAAGCAGCAGAAUGUUCGAACACUACUGCGGGACUAUUACAACUCUUUGUGCAAACAUCUGCUCAAGGAACACAAGGAACUUCAGGCAUUCGAAAAACAGAAUCGAAAGAUACUGCAGACCAGAGGUGAAUUGAGCUCAGAGAGGAAAGAAAAGUUGGAAACCCUGCAAGUAUCAUAUGAGCGUUUGUUCAAUGGUGUGCAAAGCUUUUCAGAAACAUUAGAUGAAAGCAUGCCUGAAUUGCCAGUAGACAUGGAGGUCAAGACAGAAGCAGAAGAGUCUUUCAAGAUGACUUGCGAGGGCGAGGAUAGCGGCACAACAACAGAAGAUAUGUGGGGCGAUGAGGAGACUAAGAGAUUCUAUGAAGUAUUCCCAGAUCUAACGGUAUUUUUGCCAGGUUCUUAUUCAAAAGAAGCACCUGUGCCCAAACCUGACGAAAAUCAACUAACAGAGGAGGCUCUGGACGAGGAAUUGGUGCUGGAUGAGCUCGAGGAUACAGACAAAGUUGCCGAAGAGCCAGAGGCUGAGGUUGAAGAGACGCAUGUAACGAAUAUCAGCAACAAAAUAUUAUUGGAUGCGUUUCUGACUCAUCUCCCUAAUUGUGUUAAUAGAGAAAUGAUCGACAAUGCGGCUGUUGAUUUCCUUAUGAAUUUAAACACCAAGCACAAUAGAAAGAAACUGAUUAAGGCUCUGUUCGGUGUGUCCAGAAUUCGGUUAGACUUGCUGCCCUUCUACUCACGGCUUGCUGGUAUCCUUUAUCCAGUUAUGCCAGACGUUGCUAAUGACCUCUGUUUGAUGCUCAAGCAAGACUUUAAGUACCACGUUAGAAAGAAAGACCAGAUCAACAUUGAGUCGAAAAUAAAAGUUGUUCGUUACAUCGGUGAGCUUGUUAAGUUCAAACUGUACUCAAAAAUUGAGGCACUUUACUGCCUUAAGGUACUGUUGCACGAUUUCACUCAUCACCAUGUCGAGAUGGCUUGCAAUCUAUUAGAGACGUGCGGCAGGUUCUUAUUUUGUUCCCCAGACUCUCAUCAACGCACAAAAAUCUACCUGGAGCAAAUGAUGCGAAAAAAGGCGGUUACUGCUUUGGAUUCGCGUUAUGUAACGAUAAUCGAGAACGCUUACUACUUUGUUAAUCCACCAGAGUCGACUGGCGGUAUUGCAAAAAAAGAAAGGCCACCUAUGCACGAGUUUAUUAGAAAACUACUUUACCAGGAUCUGUCCAAGGCAAAUACUGACAAGGUAUUGAGACUAAUGAGAAAACUGGACUGGGAGGAUGACAAUAUUUCUACGUAUGCUAUUAAAUGUCUUGUAGCCGCCCAUAAUGUAAAGUACCUGAACAUAAGGUGCGUUGGUAGUUUACUAGCAGGUCUUGUAGCGCAUUAUGAGGCUGUUGGCCCCUACGUCGUAGAUGGUGUUCUUGAAGACAUAAGACUGUGCAUGGAGAUAAAUUUGCCAAAGUAUAACCAACGACGUAUUGCAAUGGUCAAGUACCUGGGCGAAUUAUACAAUUAUCGCCUAGUCGAGAGCGGCGAUAUCUUCCGCACUCUCUAUCUGCUCAUAACUUUUGGCGUUGCCACCGAUCAUACAGUACCUACGAUCCUUGAUCCACCUGAGCAUUUGUUCAGAAUCCGUUUGGUCUGCACACUCCUGGAAACAUGUGGUCAAUACUUUAGUGGUGGUUCUAGUAAAAAGAAACUGGAUUAUUUCCUAAUAUUCUUCCAGCAUUACUACUGGUUCAAGCGUAGCGAUCCUGUAUGGACUGUUGAAAAUCUGUUUCCAGUCAGUGUUGAUUAUAUGUAUCGUGACACACUGACAAUGCUUAGGCCGAAGAUGCAGCUGUUCCAAAGUUUCAAAGAGGCUCGCUGUGCUGUAGAUGAAUUACGCAACACUUUGUACCCAAGUCUCGCCAGAAUUGAAGUAAAGGAGGACGAGCAGUAUUCAGGUGAACCACGCGCAUCCGAAAGCAAUAAUGAAUCUGAAGCAAUGGGGGCUAUACCUGAGGUCGAUGAGGAAGUGACGACACCUACGCCAAUAACUUCGGGUAACGGAAGUGGAGAUGCCAAGGGCAUACUGGAAGAACUGCACUUUGACGAAAGUGAAGAAUAUUCUGAAGCACAGUCGGAAGAUGACUGGGCAACAGACGGUUACAGAGAAGGUAAUCAUGAUACACAAGAAAAUACUCAAGGGGAGUUCAGUCUGUCGGCAGGCGUGAGCGAGGGGGUCGUUAUGGACCCCUCAGAAUUGGAUGCUGCGUUGCCAAUGGCGCCAAGACGGGUUGGCUGCCCAGAAGAUGACGAUUUUCUUUCAGCCCUUGACAAAAUGGUGUCUGACAAUAUCCAGGACCGGAUGCGUGACUCGGUGAAGCCUCAACAAGUUGAUAUAUCUGUGCCACUUCAUGUCAAGAGCACAAAGAAGACAUAUGAACAACUACGCGAAGGACCGUCGGACAGUACGACUGUAGAUUUUGUGCUGAUGCUUAGGAAAGGUAAUAAGCAGCAGUAUAAAAAUCUUGCUGUUCCUGUGUCUUCCGAGCUAGCUAUGAAUCUCAGGAAUCGGGAACAAGAGCAGAAGGAAGAAAAGGAGAGGGUGAAGAGAUUGACACUAAACAUUACCGAAAGACAGGAGGAAGAAGAUUAUCAAGAGACUAUAAAUCAAGGCACUAGACCUGUUACUGUUAAUCUGAACAGAGAACGUCGACAAAAGUACAAUCACCCAAAGGGUGCGCCUGAUGCGGAUCUUAUUUUUGGGCCUAAGAAAAUUCGAUGAGAGGGAAAUAAUGCAACCUCGGCAAGGUAUACAUAUUGUAAUAACAACACUUGAUAUCUGUUUCUUAUGCCUGUGGUAGCCAUACUACCUGUGAUGAUUUUUAUGCUAUAUGCAUAGGUGGUUACACACACACGUUACGUGAGUACAUCAAACGUUCAAGUAUGCAAAAUAAUGUACGCUGCUCUACAGAUCUCAAUUUCAAAACGGGACUGUGUUUCCAAGUGGGAUCGUUCGAUUGAAACCUUUCGACCCCAGUUUUACACAUACAUUACCAAUAGGUAUACGUGUAAACUCGGCAUGCGCCAUCAAUUGAGAAAUAAACGUUCCAGCGUUAAAA